CGUGCCUAUGAUGUUAUCGUGUUAACGCUUAAACACAUUUGCCUCGCAAAAUAAUAAUAAUUUUUUUAAUGGCACAAAAACUAUUUGUUUUGUGACACAGCUCCUCUCAACCCACUCGAGUCCAGAAGCGGUUCAAAAUGCUAAAGUGGGGGAUUUCCCCGGCGCCCGCGCACCGUACGUUACCGAGCUCAAGUUCCUCAGCGAAGCCAGCUAUGACCCCAUCCCUAUAUACAGGGUGCUCGAUCACAACGGCCAGGUGAUUGACGGUAGAGAGGAACCAAAUAUAGACAAAGAGACUUUGCUCAACAUGUAUAAGACGAUGGUGCAGCUCAGCCAAAUGGACAAAAUAAUGUACGAGUCUCAAAGGCAAGGUCGAAUAUCAUUCUACAUGACGAACUAUGGCGAGGAGGGCAUCCACGUGGGCAGUGCCGCGGCCCUCUCUCCCUCUGACUUGGUGUUCGCGCAGUACAGGGAGGUGGGCGUGCUGCUGUACCGCGGCAUGACAGUCACGGAGAUCGUGAACCAGUGCUACGGGAACUGCGAGGACCCGGGCAGGGGACGGCAGAUGCCAGUGCAUUACGGCAGUAAGCAACACAACAUAGUCACCCUCUCCAGUCCUCUCGCCACCCAGAUGCCGCAAGCGGUUGGCGCCGCGUACGCGUUGAAGCGAGUGCCCAACAACGACCGCUGCGUGAUCUGCUAUUUCGGCGACGGCGCUGCCUCAGAGGGAGACGCUCAUGCUGCAUUCAACUUUGCCGCCACACUCGACUGCCCCGUCAUCAUGCUGUGUAGAAACAACGGUUACGCGAUAUCGACGCCGACCCGCGAGCAGUACCGCGGGGACGGCGUGGGCGCGCGCGGGGCGCCGCUGGGGCUGCGCACGGCGCGCGUGGACGGCACCGACCCCCUCGCCGUGUACCGCGCCGUCGCCGCCGCCAGGGGGCGCGCCCUAGCACACAACCAACCCGUCCUCAUCGAAGCCAUGGCCUACAGAGUAGGACACCAUUCUACGUCUGAUGAUAGCACAGCGUACCGGCCAGCUGAAGAAAUACACAAAUGGAAUAGUGAAGAAAGCCCCAUAAGAAAAUUUAGGCAGUAUUUAGAGCAAAAGGGAUACUGGGACGUUGAGUCGGACGAGGCGUUGUUUAAGGAGGCCCGAAACCGAGUUGUCAAAACUAUGCAGGAGGCAGAAAAGAAAAAAUUGCCACCGUGGAAGGAAAUGUUGGAGGACGUAUACUACGAGAUGCCCCCAAGGAUUCAAAAACAAGUCAAACAAAUGGAAGAUCAUCUUAAAAAUUAUGGAGAACAUUAUCCACUUGAUAAAUAUCAACCGGAAUAGUUUUUGUCGUUUUAAUUGAAAUUUACACAGCCCAAUGUUAACUUAAUGAAUAAAGAUUCCAUUUAACUAUGAGUUUUUAUUACCUAGAUAAUGAGAUCUGUUAUAAAUAAACCCGAUUUUUACG